GCUUCUGCGUGGUUUUGCUGUAUUACUUUUAGAUUUAGGAAAGGUGUUGUGCAAGGAGGGAAGGAGGAGCGGUUCCAUAGUCCCACACUUGCCCUGUGGUGUUGGCGGUGGAGUACCGCAGCCAAGCUUUGUUCCAAUUCUGUGCAGUGCUGUUGAAGUGCGGGUGGUGUUGCUUUCGUGGUGUUAGUGGACUGCAAGUAACUGAGGCAUAGAGGAAGAGUUAGAGGAGAAGGUAGAGCAUGACAGGAGGCAGAGGACGAGGUGGUCGGAGAUCCAGAGGUCGCGGAGGAGACAGACAUGAAGGCGGCGGUGCUCGGGGAUGGGGUCGAAACCAAGGAGGAGGACGUGAUAGACGAUCGUCAGGUGAUGCGUCGCGAACUGGAUUCGUUGCUGGAGCAGCUCUUGCUGAUUGGGAGGCUCCUACACCUGAUCGGCUACAAUCUAAUGGUAGGGGAGGCAGCACACCUGAGGGUGUCAAUGCGGGUUCUCGUCAACAAACAUCAAGUGUUCAACGAGGCUCACGAAACAACCGGGGCGUGAGCAGACCCGUACAGAAUCCAUUUGCCUUUGUCAGCUUUGACUACUCACGUUUGGACGGUCAAAGGCGGAGUGUAUUGCAGAAGAAAUAUAAUUCUCCUUCUGCGGGAAAAGUCGCCAUGGCGUCAGAUUCAAGAGAAGUUGUUGUUCCAGCAAUUGAAGGUCGCGUUGAGGUGUACAUAGAUCGCAAAGGCUCCCAAGAGGUUGUAGAGGCACUGGAGUUAGGAACAGGACACACUGGUCUGGGAUACGUGGAUCAAGAGUCUGGUGGUUGUACAAAUCACACGUUUGUAAAGGAAUCAGGAAAUGUUAUUUAUUCUGAACUUAAUUGUGUUGAGGACAAGAAUGUGGCCGGUUUAGAGGCAAUGCAGGUUGAUACAGAAGAAGAUGAUUAUCUUCAUCUAAAGACUCCUAAUCAUUUAAAGAGUUCUGUUUCAACAUCUAAGACUAAGAAGAAUAGAAGAGGAGGGAGCUCUGUUGAAAAAGCUUCGAAGAAGGGAAUUAAUGGUGGAUAUAUUAGCAUUGGAGGAUUGAAGGUUUUUACUGAGGCAGGGGUUACUUAUUCCGACGAGAGUGUAGAUUUGGAGAAAGAUUCUGAUGUAUCUUUAGAACUCAGUUUUUCAAGUGGGAAGAAACGGAGGAGCAAAGGAGGCAAGAAGGAUAAAAAGAAAUUCCGCCAGAGAGGAGAAUGGUUGGAUAACUCUUUUAGUGAAUCAGGAGAAUCCAUAAUUGAUUCAAGUGACUCAGAUCUUGAUGACGACCUUGUUGAAGACUACAUAGCCAAUCUGGAGGGUGCAGGUGAGAGUGUGGACGCUUCUUGGAUUUUGAAAAAUAAAAUGAAGCAAGUUGCAGUUGAAGAUAUGGGUCGUCAAGAUGAUGAAGAUGAGGAUGAAGAUGAUGAUGAUGAUGAUGAUGAUGACAGCUCUAGCGCUGGUGCUAGUGGAAGUGAUGACGGUUCCAGCGAAAGCGGCAGUACAUCAGCAGAGAGAAUGUGGCGGUUAAAAUGGCAGAGCAAAGGGAAAGAAUUGAUGGACACCGAUGUCGACGAUGAUGGUGAUGAUGAUGAGUUAGACUCCGGGCUAGAUGACAUAUCGAAGGAAAUAGUGUUUGGUGGCUCAGGUGGGAAACGCGGACGCAAAACACAGACUGCUUUGUUGUUGGGAAAAUUAGUGUUGGAGGACAGUGAGGAGGAUUCUCAUGAUGGAGAGGGUUUCGACCAACUCAUUGACCUCAUGGAGGAUGAAAAAUUCAUGCCUGACUACGUCAACAAGACUCUUGAAAAAAGUAAGCAGAAAAAGAAGAAUGUCAAAAAAUCCAAUGGUCCUGUGACUUGGCCAAUACAAGUCCAUCAAAGUAAAACGAAGUCAAAAAGCAUUCCUGGGGAUAAAAAGCGUGAGCGCAAGAAAAUGAUUGCUGCAAAGCGACAGGAGCGCGCACUACGAAGGGGGCUUGACCUGCAGGCCAUCAAUUCGGCAUUGGAGGACAUUGUUUUGCGUGGCACUGAUAUCUAUGCGUUUGGUCCAAUGGAAAAUCGGGAUCGCGCUCAGAUCCAUAAGAUGGCAGCGAUUUAUCGAUUGAAAAGCGGCAGUCAGGGUACGGGCAGUAAGAGAUUCACUGUGGUGACGCGUACUAAACACACCAAGCUGCCUACUGGUGCCGACAAGUAUCGCAUUGCCUCGAUGCUCGAUCAAGCCGACGAAAACUUGAAAAGGUCACUAACAGGUGAAGCUCGCCGUAUGGAUAAGAAGGCCAAGAAGGCUGCUCGCGAUGCUUUUAUAAGCUUCAAUACACCUAAUCCUAAGAAGAGCGGGAAGAAGCAUCAGAAGUUUAUGCAAGCUUCAAAGUCAAUGGAGAAAAGUGGAAGACAGAAACUGAGAGCUCCAAAAUAUGCAAGUAAUCCCAUGUCCUUCAUCUCGUGUGGGACUAUUGGCAAUGAAGAAGAAUCGUUAAUCCUAGAAGCAGGGCCAUCAGAAUGUGUAACUACCACGGUUCAAACAUCUAGCAUGACUCAGGGAGGGGAAGCAACGACUAGCAGGUCAUCUACUGUUGUGAAAGUUUCUUCUACCGUCCCUGCAACAAUAGGCCAUUUUGAGGCUCAUACCAAGGGCUUUGGCUCUCGAAUGAUGUCUAAAAUGGGAUUUGUUGAAGGCCAGGGCCUCGGUAGAGAUGGACAAGGUAUUUACAGCCCCUUGGAAGCUGUGAAGCGCCCAAAAUCGCUAGGCUUGGGUGCCUAUGCACCAUCAACACCUUCUUAGCUUUCUGGCCAGAUUGAUGACUCUGUGAUAUUUGUGUAAUUCGGUGAAUCUCUGUACAUUCCGAGCAGAUUCUUGUGUGGGGAGCGUAGAUUACGAUGACCUACGUAUAUUUGAGUAGUAGAACGAGGUUGGCCUCUACAAGCUGGGUUUAGCACAGUCGAGAUUCCUUCGCUUUAGCUAGGGCGCUAAUGGAAGUCUUGUUGGGCCUGCUUAGUUUUCUGUGUACAGAAAGGCAAUUUGUUUACUCACAAACAUUGCUUGAAUUAUCACCAACGGUGGUCUCGUUAAAAUGUGAUUAUUUUUAAUUCAACUUCCAGGAA